AUGGCCGGGCACGGUGCUCUCCGCGCGCUGCUCGUGCUGCUGCUGCUGCUCGUGUUGCUGCUGCUCGUGGCCCCGGGCGCGUGCGCAGGGCUCGCGGAGCGCCUCGCGUGGCUGCUGGCGGACAAAGGGCCGUUCCGCCGCGCGCACGAGUUCACCGAGUUCUCCGAGCGACACCAGCACGGCUUCAGCACGCGCUACAAGAUCUACAGGGAGUUUGGCCGAUGGAAGGUGAACAACUUGGCUGUGGAGAGGCAGGAAGUGGUACCCUUUGAUCCGGAAUUUGUUCGCACCAUCAGGCAGCUGGGGCGACGGCCAAGCCUGCAGAUGAUCACGGAUAAUAUCAUCAAGAAGUAUGGCACACAUUUCCUGGUCUCGGCCACCCUUGGAGGUGAGGAGUCCUUGACCAUUUUCGUGGAUAAGAGGAAGCUGAGUGAAGCCCCUUCAAACAGCGGCGCCGCUAACGGCACACUGACACUCGAGGCCCUCCAUCACCUCGCUGCCUCCUAUUUCAUCGAUCGAGACAGCACGCUGAGGAAACUACACCAUCUCCAGAUCGCCUCAUUGGCCAUCAAGGUAACUGAGACGCGGACCGGCCCACUCGGCUGUAGCAACUACGACAACCUUGACUCUGUCAGCUCCGUUUUGGUUCACAGCCCUGAGAACAGAAUUCAGCUCCAAGGCCUCCAGGUUCUUUUGCCGGAGUACCUCAGGAGCCGGUUCGUGCAAGCGGCGCUAAGUUAUAUCGGCUGCAACGGCGAAGGCCAAUUCACAUGCCGUGAUAAUGACUGCUGGUGUCAAUGUAGCGAAGGGCAUCCACAGUGCAACUGCCCCUAUGCCAGCCUCCAAGCACAGCACAGCAACCUGGAGUACGCCAACGAGGCCUGGAGGCAUGCCAACCAGGAGUUUGAGGAAUCAGACGAGUUCCAGGCUUUCGUGGUCAGAUUGUCCACACACGCGGCGCUGAAUUUGUCAUCAGUGUGGCGCGCGUGGAGGAGCGAUGCGGCGCUGCUGAAGCGCUACAGGAAAUUGGAGAACGACGCAGUUUUCCUUCUGAACAAAGCGCAAGAAAGCGCAGCUAAACUCUACAGCCUCAGCCGGAGGUGUCGCUCGCAACCCAAAGUAAUCCUGCCCAGGGAAAGGCGUCUCGGAUACUGGGUGCAGCGUGUCCUUUCCCUUCUAUACUGCAGUGAAGCCGAUAGUCCAGGAAUCUACUCUGAGGUGAUGCGGAGCUGCGUGUGCCCGGGAGGCCAGCUGUCCUGCCAGGGUUUAAUCCCGUGCUCAGUCGGCACCGGAGGCCGGUGCGCAUCAUGCUCUUUGGACAAUCGAACACGCUGCUCGAGCUGCAACAGCGGCUUCGCACUGAGCCAGGGACUGUGCCGCCCUGCCGCUCCGAGUCCCACGAAACAGUACAUCGGCACGGAGACGGAAAUGCAGGACUUGGAACUGCGCGAUCUCCUAGAGCAACGCGACGGCCAUCUAGCCCUAUCUGGUAUCUUCGUGAGCAGUGACGUUAAACUCAACACCUGGUUUGAACCUUCAUGGAGAAAAAGGAUGCUCCUGACUCUGAAGAGCAAUAAAUCGAAGUCAAGUCGGGUACACAUGCUGCUAGGAAUUUCAGCACAGAUUUGCAUGAUGAAGAACUCAACCCUGGAGCCCACCCUCUCCGUUUCGGUGAACCCGUUCGGCGGGAGUCACUCAGAAAGCUGGACGAUGCCUAUGAACCAAAACGGGUACCCUGACUGGGAGAAAACAAGGUUAGGCACCCCUGUGGACUGCUACAACUGGACUUUGACAUUGGGAAACCGAUGGAAAAGCUUCUUCGAAACUGUCCAUUUCUACUUGAGGAGCCGAAUCCAGAGCGACGGUGCUCAGGGGAACGAGACAGCCGACUCAGACAUGGCGAACAGAAAUGGCUCGCAGAAUGUCGGCUACAUGAAAAUGAACAGCAUUCAGCUGUUUGGAUACAGCGUACACUUCGACCCAGAAGCCAUUCGAGAUUUGAUCCUGCAGCUGGACUAUCCUUACACGCAGGGAUCUCAGGACUCGGCAUUGCAGGAGCUGAUUGAGAUUCGAUACCGAGUCAAUCGGUUAUCUCCUGCAGGACCAAUGCCUCUGGAUCUUUUCUCAUGUCUCCUUCGACACAGACUCAAACUCUCGACUUCAGAGGUGUCACGAAUUCUCGUGGCGCUGCAGGCUUUCGGCGCCAAACAUCGAUAUUACACACAGUACGAAGCGGUCAAACUUUGUAGCUAACAAGUAACAUUUGGAACCAAUUUAUUUAUUUGUUUUGAUGAAAUGUUGACAG